CACCAAAGAGGGUGCUACAAAUAAUGGAUGUGAAGGGCCUUACCAUAUCUCACAUUAAGAGUCACCUUCAGAUGUACAAAAACAUGAAACAUCAAGAGAUGCAAGAAGCUGCAAAUGGGAAAAAGAGAAACAGAAUUGAUGGUUCAGAUUCAAUGAAUAUUCCUCAGCGAAACCUUGUUCGUCGUCACAAUCAUAUCAAAGGCAAAGCUGCCAUGUUUGAUGGUUCUGAUCGAAUGAAUUUUCCUCAACGAAACCUUGUUCAUCGUUACAAUCAUAUCAAAAGCAAAGCUGCCAUGUUUGAUGGUUCUGAUCAAAUGAAUUUUUCUCAGGGAAACCUUGUUCAUUGUUACAAUCAUAACAAUGGCAAAGCCCCCAUAUUUAAUGGUUCCGAUGAAAUGAAUUUUCCACAGGGAAACCUUGUUCAUCGUUACAAUCAUAACAAUGGCAAAUCUGUGUUUGAUGGUUAUCUUAAUCCGACUGUAACAACUAACUAUUUGGACAAAAUUCCUUCCAGCUCUACUGCUUUUCCUCCUCCAUGAAAAUCUAUGCCAGAGAAGAAGAUGGGAUUGGAAGGACGAUACUACAUGUUUAGGGAUUUCUUCGAUGGAACCAUUACUAUUCGAGAUAGAGAUGAUGAUAAUGAAAUCGUGCGAGCAUAUGGUAUUAGCAAUUUGCCAAAUAACAGUGCAACUUCAAUGAUUGAAGAGGAAGACUCCCAUAGCAGUAUGUCCUUGGAGCUAUCUCUCAGUUCAUAUAUCUCUCUUGACCUCACCCUUGGUUAAAAUCAUUUGGUCUCUAUUAUCUCCUUAAGGAAAAAAAAACUAUUUUAGUUAAUCCUUAUCAAGUAUAUGCUAGUACAAGGAAGUAACCUUCUUGUUUUUGCUUAAACUAACCUAGCUUAGCUAGGUUAGGUAAAACUUUGUAACUUAAUUAGUUUUAUAAUCCAUCUGAGACUGUUAAAGGUGCAGUGAUGUUUUAUGAUGUAUAAGGGUUUAGUUUCAACUGAAAUGUAUGUUAAUCGACUUAUCUAAAAGUUUA